AUGGAUGCAGAAAAAUUUAUAAAUGCAGCCCGAGUGCGUCUUCCACUAUGGAAUCAACAAAACAAAGGCUAUCGAGAUCGGGACAAAGUUAAGAAAUUAUGGCAGGAGGUAGAUGCAGAAGUAAACGUUUCAAAAGAAGCUGCUAAAAAAAGAUGGAAAUCUUUACGAGAUGUCUUCAGAAAUGAGCUGAAGAAGUUGGCGAAACCUAAAUCUGGGGACGAAACUCCUUUAAACUUUAGUUCAAAGUGGACUUACUUUAAGAUUUUAUGGUUCCUUAAGGAUCAAAUGACUCCGAGACAGCUAACUGGCAACUUACCCACUGACGAUAACGCAAGCCAACUAAACGAAGAUGUAUCCAAUAAUCAUUUAUUUCCUGAUGACAUUGACGAUGGGACAUCUGUUACUCCGGAUUAA